UGUUGUGAUAAACUUAUUAAAUAGAGGUUGAGAUGGUUUCCACUAGACGAGAAGACGAAGUGCUAGCGCUUAGCGAAAUAUACGGGCCCGAAACUGUGAGUCGACUGAAUGAAGAAUAUGAAAUAAAUUACAAAAUAUGUAUAACGAUUGUACCAGUCUUUGACGGAUCGAUUUCCAUUCAGAAAACAUCAGUUGAUUCACAAGAUCGAACCUAUCAUACAAGAGAUGUCAAGUUUCUUCCGCAUAUAAAACUAAUUGUGGUUCUUGGACCUUUCUAUCCUGAGCAUGUUGAAUGUCCCAAUUUCAACCUAAAAUGUGAUUGGUUGAGUAAAAAGCAAAUCGAGACUGUCGAUGGACAAUUGAAAUGUCUGUGGAAUGGGAUGCAAUCAGAAAUUUUGUUUACAUGGAUCCAAUUUCUACAGGAACUAGUCUCAGAAUUAAAAAUUACAAACAUAAGCUGCGAUUUAUGUAUAUCAAGUAGCAACGAACCUGAGUGUGAUACCUGUGACUUUAUUGAUUCCCAAAAUCUCUUUGACCACCUUAUCAAUUACAACGAGGACAAACUAGCUGAAGAGUUUAUGAAAAAUGAGCACGAGUGUGAGGUAUGCGGUGAAACACAGUCGGGCAGAGUGUGUUUUCAAUUUGCUCCAUGCGAGCAUGUUUUCUGUCAAUCCUGUACCCAGAACUACUUCACCGUCAGCAUCAAGGACGGAAACAUCUCCAGACUAGAGUGCUUGGCCUCUGAUUGUGAGUCGCAGCCAUCUCAGAGCCAGUUGAAGUCAAUACUGUCAGAUGAGUUAUUUCAGAUUUACGAGAAUCAGCAGUUGAAAGUGGCCUUGGAGAGUAUGCACGAUGUAGUAACCUGUCCCCGAAUCAACUGUGAGACGCCUGUGAUAGGAGAACAGGACUCCAAUCUCGCGGUGUGUCAUAAGUGCUCAUUUUCCUUCUGUAAAAUGUGCCUUCGUUCAUUCCAUGGGGUUGAAAUAUGUACCCACCGAAAUGAACGCGUGGCCAAAAUUCGAGACGCUUACGAGAAGGGUGAUGUGAGGACAAAACGAGAGCUAGAGCUCAAGUAUGGGAAGCAGCAGCUGCUCAACUACGUGCACGAGAGUCGUUCCAUUGAGUGGGUGUCCAAUAACUCCAAGGCCUGCCCGUCUUGUCACAUAGGAACCCAGAAAACGAAAGGGUGUAACAAAAUGUGGUGUGCGAGGUGUGGAUGUCACUGGUGUUGGUUAUGUAACACCAAACUGAAAAAAGCAAAUCCCUAUGCUCACUUUUCCGCCGAGAGGUCAGCUUGUUAUCAGAAGCUGUAUGAUGGAAUGUCAGAAGCAGAGAGAAUGGCAGCAUUUGAAGCGGUAGAGGAGCCGAUUGUGCAACAUGAGCGUCCCCCUGAAGCAAUUCUGCCCGUGAAUAGAGCAGCACCAGUGAUCGAAGUCCACAUCAACCCACAGGCCUUGGGACUACUCGGCCCCGAAGACCCCCUUCAGGAUAGAGAAGCAACUCCGGGACCACCUAUGGAUCCAGGCGAACUGGAUAUGCUGGCAUUGCAGCUGCAGCAACAACUAAUAGAAGACGACGAUUUUCAAGUUGAAUUGAGAAAUGAUGGACUGAUAUAUGCAGAACUGCAACCUCAGAACUAAUGUUGGAAAGGAAUAAAUUUCAUUGAAAUCCGAAUGAGAUGCUUGUUAAGGUCAAGUGUCUCCUCCCAGCUUUGGAUUUUCAUUAUAGAUUGGUUCGAAGUGUCUCCAUAAGUGGCAGAGAACUCUUUUUGUCUUCAUAUGUCAGUGUUGUUAACACUCCAUGGACAGUCUGCUGACAAGAGCACUUGAUCUAACAAGAAAUUCUCAAAAAAUCCUGCAUAGUCGCUGUUUGAAUAUGAUUUCGUUCCCAGAUCUUAGUUGAUUCUAAUUUUUUAGUGACGACUGCUAUCGAAGUCGUACGCAUCACUAAUAUAAUUAAUUGAAAAUAACAGUUAUUGUAAAUGUUAAUGUAAAGAAAGAAGACAGUCUUAAGUUUUCAAUGCUACUCUAGUAAAGCUGAAUAAAUCGAAAUGCUUGUUCCGAAAAGAUCAUUUUCGGAACACUCCCUCCGGUGCUAGGUUAAAAAGACGACGGGACAUUACGGCGACAUGUCAUUGAGACAACAAAUAGCAUUUAAAAACUUUUAAUGAACUGCUCGAAAUUGAUUGGUGUAUAUUUCUCAGACAAACAAUUAGAUAAUUAUGAGCCGCAUAGUCUUAGUCACAUCAAUUGAAAACGGUUGUUGUCUUAAUAGCUGUUGUCUUAUUCGCCGUAAACCAUACUCUUUUUGCAGUUGGAGCUCUUCCAGUCAUUUCAUUUGUUCAUCUCUAAAAUUGAAUUUAAAUUCUUUCAUUGUCAAGCCGUUCAGAUCAACCGUACAACCCCCCUCCCAAAUCGAUUUAGGGGGGAUUAAAUAUCGUUUUUAGAAAUUGACU